AAAGACUGGUGCGGUCGAUACACUCCGGUACCUAUACCUUUUACCAACCGGCGUGCUUUGGGCUCCGCUUUUGAUUUGUUUUGUUGAUCAGUCUCAUUCAGAAUUUUGUUUUGCUUGCAACUGUUGAUUUGCGAUUUUUAAUUAACGGUGUGUGGUCGAACUCAAUGUGAAUGAUACCGGUCAUAUUACUCAUAUUGCAUAAUUAGGAAAACGGAAAUUAAUCCUACAAGAUGAUACCAAGAAUAAUUAUAUGUCACCUAGCACUUGUAUGUUUCCUAAUAUACUGUGAUAAAAUAUUAGCCAAAGAUGCUAAUAUCGAAGAAGAAGAAUACGAAGCACGCAACUUUCUAAUAUUGUUGAAUAGGCAGAGCGAAAGGGAUGCUAACAGACUUGCCAUAGCCCAAUGGGCAUACGCUUCUAAUCUGACCGAUGAAAACUUGCAGGCUCAGCUAGCUAUUGCUUCGGAAGUUGCCAAAAAUGAAAAGGAAGCAUGGCAAAGAGUGACCCAGUUUAACUGGCAACGAUUUUCCGACUACAACUUAAGAAGGCAAUUCCAAAAAUAUUCAGUAUUGGGCACAUCUGCUCUGCCCGAAGAGAAAUUCAAACAACUGAACAAAAUCAUUAGCGAUAUGGAAACGAUUUAUUCCAAAGCUAAGAUUUGUCCUAAAGACAGCAAAGAUGGAAAAGAGUGUAAUCUGAGUUUAGAACCUGAUCUAACUCAAAUAUUGGCUGUAUCUAGAGACGCUGAAGAGCUAAAGCACACCUGGUUGAAAUGGAGGGAUGCCAUUGGACCAAAAUGCCGUGGAUUGUACAAGGAUUACGUAGAACUUUCCAACGAAGCAGCUAGAUUAAACGACUUCACCGACAAUUCCCAAUAUUGGCUCCACGACUACGAAGAUCCGAACUUCAAAACCGCGGUCUUCAAUUUGUGGGAACAACUUAAACCGCUGUACCUUCAAAUUCAUGCCUACGUAAGAACGAAGCUGAGAGAAAAAUACGGCGAUAUUGUGAGCGAAAAAGGACCGAUUCCUGCUCAUUUGCUCGGUAAUAUGUGGGCUCAAACAUGGAAUAAUGUUGCAGAAUUCAUGUUGCCAUAUCCGGACGUUCGUGAUCAUAAUCUUACCGCCAUACUUAUAGAAAAGAACUACACUGCCACAGAGAUUUUUAAAACUUCCGAAGCAUUCUUCAAGUCAAUAAACCUAACAGCAAUGCCGGAAACCUUCUGGAACAACUCAAUUUUGGAAAAACCUGCGAAUCGCGAAUUGAUCUGUCACGCUUCCGCUUGGGAUUUCUACGACGGAAAAGAUUUUAGAAUCAAACAAUGUACAGAAGUAACUGACGAACAAUUUAUAACGGCUCACCACGAAAUGGGCCACAUAGAAUACUUUCUACAGUAUAAAGAUCAACCAUUUCAAUUCCGCGAGGGUGCUAACGAUGGAUUCCAUGAAGCUAUUGGUGAUUUGAUAGCACUUUCUGUUAAUAGCAAUAAACAUUUGAAAAAAAUCGGAUUGUUACCCAAUGAGAAAGACGAUCCAAAAGGAGUUUUGAACAACCUAUUCAAACUUGGUUUAAGUAAAAUAACUUUCUUGCCAUUCGGUUACCUGAUGGACUUGUGGCGAUGGGAUAUAUUUUCUGGAAAAACCACGUCGGAAGAUUACAAUUGCAAAUGGUGGGAAUUAAGAGAAAAAUAUCAGGGUGUAGAACCACCAGUUGAUAGAAGUGAAGAAGACUUUGAUCCUGCUGGAAAAUAUCAUAUUGUUGCCGAUGUACCAUAUCUAAGAUAUUUCAUCUCUUUUGUGCUCCAAUAUCAAUUCCAUCGAUCUCUUUGCGAAAAAGCCGGACAAUAUGAGCCGAAUAAUGUAGAAAAGCAGUUGCACGAAUGUGAUAUUUACGAAAACACUGUAGCAGGAAAUCUUUUGAAACAAAUGUUGGAAAUGGGCUCUUCGAAACCAUGGCCUGAUGCGUUGGAAGUUUUAACAGGACAACGAACCAUGGACGCAACAGGAAUUUUGGAUUUCUUCAAACCAUUAUCGAAAUGGCUCGAAGAGGAAAAUAAGAAAAAUAAUGCGUUUAUAGGAUGGGAACGAUCGAAAAAAGUUUGUACAAGAACUCGCCAAGAACUUCUAGAAAAUUCACCAUCAAGUAGUACCUCAACAGUAUCAGAAGGACCUUCGACGACCGAAUCUACCUAAUGAAUUUAUUUUCGGCCACUAGGCGUAUGUUUCAUGUACUUAUUCAGCUACUGAUUUAACAUUUCAAUAAAAAGUAUAUUUUUAUUAA